UCCUCAAACAUUGCUAUCUAUGUUGUUACCUGUCUCUUUUUACUUACUCCUGUUUUUUCUCAUUCAAACAUUGCUGGUAUUGACUUGUUGCUUGUUGAUUUGACUGAUUUCAUAUCAGCUGCUCAAAUUUCAGAGGCAGAAGGUGGCCAUCUUCCCCUUGAAGAGAUGCGUACACAUCUGCGAAGUGAGUAUCCUGAGAAGAAUAAAAGGAAACUUUGUGAAUCUUCAUUGCUGAAAAGGAAAAGGAUUAUGGGACAUGGAAACCAGAUCAUAGGGGAAGAUGCUGGUGCAGUUCAUCUCCCAAAUCCAAUAAAUGGGUUUGGGACUCCAGCUGAUCUCUGUCAAAUCCAGAGAAGUCUUCCAGAGGCAGCCACAGGACCUCCUUAUUUUUACUAUGAGAAUGUGGCAUUGACUCCUAAAGGAGUUUGGAGCACAAUAUCCCGCUUUUUGUAUGACGUGAAGCCUGAGUUUGUUGGUUCGAAGUAUUUUUGUGCUGCUGCAAGAAAAAGGGGUUAUAUUCACAAUCUUCCAAUCAAAAACAGAAUUCCUCUCGUUCCCCUUCUACCACAAACUAUAUCUGAUGCAUUUCCGAUGACAAGGAGGUGGUGGUCUACUUGGGAUGAUCGGACAAAGCUAAAUUGCUUACAGACUUGCAUUGCUAGUGCAACAAUUACUGAGAGGAUCAUGAAGGCUCUUAAAGACUAUAACGAAGACGAAAUCCCACCAGAAAGUGUCCGUCGCUAUGUUCUUUAUGAAUGCCGCAUUUAGAUAUUCUCUGCUAAUAAAUUCGCUCAUGGAUUCGUUUGCAUUUAUAUUUCCUACAGUUUCACUUUGCAGUUAUAUUUGCUUCAGUUUUCACUUUUUGUCUGCUGAGGCAUGAGAGUUUUGAGUAGAUUUGUAUAUUUUGCUGUUUCUAUCUCAUGAACUACGUAUUUGAACAAUUUCUAUUAUAGUAGAUUUUCACUUUUAUCGCAUA